AUGUUUAUAGUUUUACUUCAUUUAUUUGUUUUGAUCUGUGCGCAUCAAGAAAUAAAUUUAUUACAAUUUAUUUUCAAGUUUUACAUAGUAGUUUUGAGUGUUGAUGCUUUUGAAACUUGGUUGAAAUAUAAGCAUAGAACUACUUGCUUAAAAAAACUAUCUAGUCAGGAUAAUACCAAGUUGAAAAACGCUACUGCACAAUUAAGUAAAUGGUUAUAUAGUAGAUGGCUUGAUUAUGUCUACUUGCGUGAACAAAAUCAUACUAAGGCAUUUUUAUUACUGCAAAUUAUUAUUGGGUUGAUCUUUUUUAUCUGUAAACAUAUUAGUGGCUAUGCAAUAAUAUACAUUUUGGGAAUGGUAUUAAGCAUAUCUUAUAAACUGACACCACCUAUGCUGGAGCUUGUGAAAAAAAUAAAACAAAGUGCAGAAUCAGAUCUUGAGCUGGAAGGUCUUGUCCCAGAUGUGUCGGAUGCAAAUAUGGAUUUGUUAUCUAUAGAACAACAAGAACAAACUCAAAUAAUUGAUGAAAGACAAAGCUUAGAUUACUGGAAGCCAGAAGAUUUGCCUAUUGAAGAUGCUAGUGAUAGUUCAGAAAAUAGCAGUUUACUUGUUACUAAUCUAUCAAUGGAGAAAAUGCAAACAUUUGAACAAAAUAUUGAAACUUCAGACUCUAGUGAAGAUGAGUACAUACCACAGGAUACAGAUCAACCUAAGGAGCGGUUUCAAUCAACUCUGGUAGUACAGCCAGUAGAUACAUGGACAAAUGCUGCCUACAAUGUUUUUCAAAAUUUUGGCGGAGCUGUUGCUAAUAUAAUGUAUACAUCACAAGAAGAUAAAAAAAGAAAACGGAUUUCAAGCAUUGAUUCUUCCGAUGGUUUUGAAAUUAUAGACAAAAAUGAUAUUAUGUAA